CUCGACUCUAAACCAGAUCCAAUUUUUUUUCACAUGUCAAUCCUUCCCCGUCUCUGCUUCAUAACCCCUCUCAAUUUUUUCAGUCAUUCAACAAUUUCACAAAAACAACAAGUCCCUGAAUCCUCCACAAAAGCAUCCUUAGAGGCAUCCCUAGAAUCGCCUAUAGAGUCAACGUCUGCCCAACCCGAAGUUUCUUCCUCCCCAACCUCCCCAGCAACCUCAACAACCUCAACCACCACAACAACUUUGUCAAUUACCUCCCAAGAAGAGGAAAGCACCCAACAACACCCCCAUUCAAAACGAAAUUAUGCUUCUAAAGAAUGUGGAGCCAAAGUUUUAUAUUCAAACGAGGAAGCAGAAAAUAAGGGGGCAAUAUUAAACGACCCUGAAAGGGAUGAUUAUAUGAGGAAUCCUUGUGAACGUGCACAAAAUAAAUUUUUAAUUAUUGAAUUGUGUGAGAUUAUACAGCUCAAUUCUUUUGAAAUUGCCAAUUUUGAAUUAUUCUCUUCAAAUCCAAAAGAUUUUCGUUUAUGGGGAAGUGAAAGAUAUCCAACACAAGAAUGGAUUUUAAUUGGCGAUUUUGAGGCACAAAAUAUUAGAAAAUUACAAUCUUUUGAUGUUAAACAACAAAAUACUUUGUAUAUUAGAUUUGUUAAGUUAGAAUUAUUAACACAUUAUGGAAAUGAACAUUUUUGUACUUUAAGUACAUUUGUAGUCUAUGGAACUUCAAUAAUUGAAGAAUAUGAAGCUGAAGUUGCUAGUAGUAGCACAAUACAGCAACAACAAUUUACUCCACAAAUUGAUGAAAAUUUAAAUAAUAAAAAGGAGGAAAUAAAUAGUACAAAUGUUACUACAAUUAAUGAAACAAUAAAGGAAUGUAGCAAGAUACAAGAAGAAGAAAAUCAACAAAAAAUACCCAAAAAUGGCCUUAAAAAGGAGGAAGAAAUUAAUUUUGCAGCAAAAAAUGUUUCAAACGAAGCAAAUAAGGAAGAAAAAUUGGAAAAAGAAGAAGCAACAGGAGGUGGAAAUAUGUUAAAAACAAUUGUAGAACAAUUGGGAUCAAAUAUAAAAAAUGUAAUUGGACAAGCAUUUUCUAAAAAUAAUAAUGGAAAUGAGGUGGAGAGGAAUAAAAAGGAUGUGUUUAAUAGAAGGAAAAAUGUAUACCUUCACUUCUUGCCAACAAUGCUUCUCAACAAAACAUGCUUCAACUUUAAAUUAUUUAACCCUAUUUUGUUGGGCAUUUUUUCCAAAUAUUUAUAG